GUCAAAGUGGGACCUUGAACAAAUGUUGAUCGGUUCGAACCGGAAGUUCUUGGCGUGAUUUCGGCAUAUGUAGUAUUUUGGAUUCCUGCUGCUUUCGUCUGAAAGUUUUCCUGGAUUCUGUUCAUUACUUUUGACCAGUUGACAAAUUCAUCUAGCUCUAGUAACGUUUUCGUAAACCUUGUCAUGCACAAUGAACGUCGCAGUUUUAGAUCAAAUCUGGAUUCUAAUAUAGCAGAUACUAUUCGAGUAGUAGCCUGCAAACAAAAUCAAGACUUACGAAUUACUUUCGCUAAUGAUUAUGCGUGUUCAGACAGACCAAGACCUACCGGUAACAAAGUGGCAUAUUCUGCUUCAGGCUCAGGGUUAAGAGAAACUAGUGGUCACAAAAUGCAUCGUCAGGCAGUUACUUCAGCCCACAAAGGACCUCAGCUGAAUAGAAACUAUGGAAAUGAUGCCACUUUUGUCGCAACUCCCCUGGAUUCACAUACUCAAGUCAGUUACGGAUCUGCUAACAGGCGUCCACUAAUUAAUAAAUCAGAAUUUGAUUAUCAAAAUAAUCGUCGUUCUACACAUGGCAUGCAUUCCAUAAAUAAGGACCAAGAGCAAUAUAAUCGUGACUUGAUGACUCAGUAUGAAAUAAAUCGGGCCUUGUUUCUGGCUAAUCCACCUCCAUCCGUUUUAGCUAGUCGUAAUCGUGGUCGCGGUAAUAAUAGUAAUAAAGUAAAUGAUAGCCGUCGAAUAGAUAUACAAAAACAUUCUUUAAAUCAACCUGUACUAAAUGGAUCACGUAUGGAUCGUUCAACAGUUUUUCGGUCGACAUUAGAUCAGCAGCGUAGUGUUUUUCCCUCGAAAUCAAUCAAAGAGCGUGGAUUUUACAAUUUAGAUUCUGAACAUGACGGUCGGGAAGCCUUGUCCAAAAAUUCUCGUGGCCUUACGCGACAUUCGCGAGUUCAUUUUCAAAAUAAUUUUCAUCGUGGACAAGGUUUAAGACAGUACUGGGGUCAUGAUGAUAGAUUUGAAAAUCACGAGAAUACUCCAGGACUUCGUGUUCAAAAUUCUUUUCACAAUGGAGAUUCUAAAAUUCGUCAUCAUUCUGGUGAUGAAUAUAUUGAUGAUUUAACACCAGAGGAUAUUGCGAAGUACAAACUAGAAAUCAAUAUGGAUAAUUUCAUUGUAGAUCGGCCUAUUCUACCUGAUCCAAUAUUAUCUGUACCAUUAUCUAAAUGGCAAUCAGAUGAUUUAUUGUUAUUAGUUUCUGAUUCGUCAAAAAAAUAUGAUAAAUUAAAAAAGAUCCCUUUUAAUUGUCGUUCUUUUAUUAAUGAAUUUCAGAAACAACCACGCUCUCUACAUCAUCAUUAUCAACACCGACCAAAUCAUCAUUACUACAAUCCUCCCAAUAAUCGUUAUUAUCCACGUCAUCAUAAACAACCUCAAAAGAAUUAUUCGAAUGCUCAUUACACACAAUUAUAUAAUUCAUCUAUGAAAGAGCCAGUUCGUUCAAAUAAUAAAAUACGAGGUUCAUACAGUAGCGGAUACAAUACUAAGCAAUAUCAAACUGACGAGAAAAACAAGCCUAGGUGUUCCACAAACAAUGAUAAAAUCCCAGUGAGUGGGAUGAACAUUAGUGAAGACAAUCAAGUUGGUACUGAUGAGCCGAUUCAAACGAACGAUCCUACUGAAGAUUCCCCAUAUUUUGAGCUGGACUUUGCUAGCGGAAUUUUCGACGUACAAAUUCACGAGCGAGCUAGAUCCUUUUUAACUCUAGGUAUCGAUGACAGUGAGUUUUCUCAAAGUGAUUGCUACACAAAUAUAUCUGAAUUACAUACGCAUGGAAUGCAUCGAAGUCACUCUCUUCCGUCACUUAGAGACUUGGAAAGAAAUUACCAGCCACAUUCAUUUGAGGACUGUACAACACCGACGAUCAGCCUUAAUACUGAAGGAGUUGCAGAUUUAUCAACGGAAGUUAAUGCAGUAACUACCUCAGUAGAAAAGACAAAUAUAAAAUCUGACAAUAACGUAAAUAUAUCGAGUGAAAAUGUUUGCGGUAGUGAUGUAGCACAAUAAUGCAAUAAUAUGGAGAACGAAAACCGACGAUAACGCAAUGAUCUCCCAAAAAUGUAAUGUUUGGAUCACUAACAGUCAAAUGUAUAGCCUCAUUGUUUCUCUUUACCUCUUCUUAGAUUUUUUACUUGUGUGACUUCGAACAUGUUUUUACUCACUGAUUGUUAUGACAUCACCUUAACUGCAAUGAGAUACUUCACUCGCUCCUUUGUGAUUAUGGAAUAACUUGAUUAAUGAUAUUGUUUAUUAUUUGCUAGUUUUCUAUGACAAACUUAUUGAUAAAUGAAAGGCCAUAUCAGUCAUAUAACAUUUUUUCGAUUUCUUUAACAUUUAAAACAUAAACUGUACAAAAAGCUAGAGCGUUAAAACCAAUAAGUUAAGAGUUAGUGUAUAAUGAUGAUGAUACAAGUAGAAAUCAGCUAACAUUUGAAGAAUAUAAAUUACCAAAUUGAAUUUUUGAAAUAUCAUGCACGCAAGUGUAAUCUGAUGCACAUAAAUAUUCUAACAGUGUAGCAAUCAGUCAACAGUUCGAUUACGUUGGAACAUUUAACCAUCAUAUUUUUAUUUUCACCAAGUAACUAGUAUGUCAAAAGUUAUUGUAUGUUUGACUACAACAAAAAAGAACAAGCAUUGCUCUAGUUCACCGUUUGACCCAGUUUUUAGAAAUCUUAAUCACUGCCGGGUAGACCGCUGUAUUACAGCAGCAUAUUUUUUUAAACCUCGUGAUAUUUUUUUCAAUUAUUUUAAAGCAAAAGAUUAUUUUUCCGAC